ACACGUAAUUUUGCACGCAAACACUGGUAACAGGCGACUGCGCACACAUGACGCUCAUUCGUUUGGCUCUGCGAGCAGAGCAGCGGUAUCGUAGUAGGUUGUAGUAGCACGACGGUGACGACGAGCAGGAAGAUAAAAAAGGGGGGUAAUCUUGUGAUGAGUGUACGAUGACGAUAAGGAGUAGCGUUCAUUGAAUGUGUAUAUUCGCGUGGAUCAGUUUAACGCUGCUCCAAAGGACGACGUUAACCUUUCGGACCAUCCAGGUCGAGAUAAUAAACAGGUACCUACUUGUUCUACGGUGCUUUGUCUCAGUCAUCGCGUUUCAACGGAAAUGGAACUGUCUCUAACUCAGGAUCAUUGAGAAUCUAAUAUAAAUCAAGAUAAAUGGGUAAAAUAAGAAAUAAACCCAACCUGUAUCAUAACAGUCAAUCACAAAAUAUCCUCCGUAAUUUGAUGCUACGUGAUUGUGGACUUCGCACAACUCACAAAAGUAGCACAAAGGAAUUUGAACCUCUUGCAGAAGAAAAUUUUAUUGGUAAAGCAUUCAAAGAAUUGAAAUGCGAUCUACCAGGGGUGCCUAAAACUACUUUUUUAAUGGUUUUUAGUCCUGAUGGUACAAAAGUUGCAUCAACACAUGGAAAUCAUAAAAUUUAUAUCACAGAUUUGCCAAGUGGAAAGAACAUACAAAUUCUUUCUGGCCAUCCUCGUACACCAUGGUGCAUAGCAUUUCAUCCAAACUCUAAUGAUAUUUUAGCGUCUGGUUGCUUGGGAGGUCAAGUUCGUGUAUGGGAUCUGAGUGGAGGCAGUGAAGUUUGGAAUUCAAAAAGCCCUAUAGCAUCAAUAGCAUUUCAUCCGGUACAAAGACUGCUUGCUAUAGCUACGUACAAUGAAAUUCAUUUCUGGGACUGGAGUGAAUCAGAUCCAUUUGCAACUGUCACUACAAAAAGUCAUAAGGAGAAAGUUCGAUAUGUUGCCUUCGAUAAUUUGGGAAGAAAAUUAAUAACGGGUAUAGCAAACGCAACACAUACUUCACAAUGGGACAGACCUCCAGUGGAGCAUUUAAUACGAUCUAUUCCACUCUCAAGAGCACCAAGACAAGAGCAUGAGUCUGGUCAAAAUGAUAAUACUCCUUCAUCUCAGUCAAAUAAUGGACCGUCAUACAAUUCAUUUCGUCCUGCAAAUACUGAGCACGGAAAUGAGUCUGAUUCAGAUUAUCAAAACAACUAUCAAAAUAGAAGAUUUCGCUUUCGUAAUAAUUUUGUAGAUCGGAUACGAGCAAUCCGUAAUCAAUUGUUACAUCGUCACAAUUUAUGGCCUGCUAAUAAUAAUCAAGAGGCUGAACUCGGUAGUUCAUACGCGCCUUUUGUCGAGAGGAUGUUUGAUCAAGAUCGUAGCAAUAAUCCAUCGACUUCCGGUGCAAACAACAAUAAUGCUACUGGCGAUGGUAAUAGUAAUAAUGCUAGAUUGCGUGUUGCGCCAGUACAACAGCAGCCUUAUUCUAAUUUUUACGAAACAAGGUCAACGGCGAGUACUAACAACAAUCAAAACAACAAUAAUAACAAUAAUAGCAGGAAUACAAAUAGCAAUAUCAGACCGAUGUUGUCAGUAUUAAGGAUCGAGCCAGUCUUACCGGAAGAAAAUAGAAGUAACACACCGCCUCCGAACAAUAUAAAUACCAGCUACGAUAAUAUGCGAUUUGCGGAGUCCCGUCGUAUAAUGAGAUCAACAAUACGUCAAAGGCGGUUACGCAAUCGCUUUGGUUACCAAAGAUCUUCCGCAGAUAUAUUAAGGCGUCGAGAAACGACCGAUCGAAGUACAGACCCCAUGAGUAGAAACCGAGAUGCUCCUUCCACCAGCACGAGCAACACCACAAGCAAUACAUCAGAAACAACAAACAAUUAUUUUCUAGCUGAAGCCUUUGCGUUGAUGUUAAGAAACAUUUUGAACUUUAGUGCUCAAGAAACAAAUGUCAGCCUUGAAAGACUUCAAAGAAAUUUACGACUACUCCGCGAAGAGUCCGGCCAAGUGGUGAAUGUGAGAUUACACUUUUUAUGUGAAGAUCUGCACGACACCGAGCAAAAUAACAGCAUUUGCUUAUUGAACCUGUACAAGCUACGCCAGGGUUUGCAGACGCGUAUCGGCAUGAUGACGAAUCAAGCUAACCGAAAUCCGCGUUUGCAGAGCUUCCUCAAUACUGUAAGUCAUGAAGUGCAAUCUCUCAAUAAUAUGGAGGGACAGCUGAUCAACACCAACUAUCGCAUCGAAUCGCUGAGAGAAGAGCUUUCAUCUUUCAGAGAUGAGAUGCGUUUUCGUCAGUCCGUUCAACCAUCGAAUACUACUCAGAUUUUGACAGCUGAAAGAGAAGUCGCGAACGUGCAGUUUCGAGUUCAAGAAGAAAGAGGAACAACGUUGGCUCAAAAUGAGGAAACAAGAAGAACAAGCCAAGCAGAAGAAUCGGCACCGCGGACGGGUGUUAGACGUCAGUUGGAAAUCGAUGAUAAUGACGACAAUCAACCAUCGGUAACCAGACGCCGACUGGAGAACGACUACGAAUAUCAACCGAACGGUGGUCCAACCUACAGCUCCCCAUCGAGCGACGACAAUUGUGUUCCUUACCGUGGUGCAUCCGAGUUCUCCGUAUCGUCUCACUCGGCCUUUCAGCCAACUCGAUCUAGUUCACAGCGUAAUAGCGUAAGUCCACGCAGUGAACCGGGACCUUCGUCAAGUCGUGCCGAUCUAGCUGUUGCGGGCCCAUUGACAUCGAGCACUGCGGGUGCUACCAAUGGUGUGGAUGAUUUCAAUUCACGCCGAACGUCACGUAUCAUACGCAGUGCUCAACGUAUAUCCCAGAGCAAUUUCGACAUAUUUUGGGAGGCAUUCCAGCGUUAUCUUAAUUCAGCAAACAUGAACGAGCAGUUACCCAAUGAGAGCACGUCUAAUGACAACACGGGAGAACAAUGGGAAAAUGGUUACUGGUUAUUGGAAGAGAACAGCAAUUCCGACUCGAAUCACGAUGAGCAAGGGGAGACAAGCAACUCUAUGGUCGGACCGAGACGUAGAGCUAGUCGUUGGAUCCAACUUGACUCGGGAAAUCGCUCAACAAGCGCUUGGGAACCAAUUUCAUUCCGAGUUCGAUCAAAUCAAAAUACAUCAAGCACUGAUCAAAAUCGACUGUCCCCGAUCUCAGCUAAUUCGACACGCUACGAGCAACCACCAUUGUUUCCAUUUCGAAGUCUGCGCGAGACUUUAAACCAGAGGAUGGAAAUGAAUCAAGCAAAUGCAUUAGCAAGAGCACAAAAUUGUGAAACUACUAUAUCGUCUGGAAACGUAGAUCAGUCAAUAUCAAUAUCUGAUCAAAGUCAAAGUCAGCGAACGGGAUAUCAUGAGAAUAGUGUUGAUCGAUCGACUAACACCGACCUGUCUAGUCUCGUACCUGAAACUUUGAACUGUGUUGAUUUAACAGCUUCAACUUUGUCUGCAACGGCAAUGUCAAGUACAGCUUUGCCGGAAAUAAAUACUAGAAGCAACGAGGAAUUUCGAGAACUCAGAUUGUUAGGUCGUCACGUAGUAAACGUCCAACGUCUUUGUCGCAUUCGUUUAGAAAUUGCUCAACUGCAACAUAUUCGACGAAUGUGGGAGAGACUUCAGUGGCGCAUUCGUCAUGUUUACUUAACGUUAUUUAUUAAAGGAUAUUUUACAUUAAAUACCAAUGUUGAAAAUUCGAAUAGUAGCGAUGAUGAUGAUCCGGAACCAAGCACUAGCAGGCAAGGAACAAAUAGGUCAUUAAGAUCCACUUCUCAGGCACCAACAUCAAAUAAUGAUUUUCAAACGGAAACAGCUCAGAAUUUCAGAAAAGCUUUAUUGGCAAAAUACACAAGACAAAACAAUAAAAGUGAGCCUAAUCAACCUCAACCGUCCACUUCAGCGGCAACACCGUCCACUAAUAAUUUGGAUCAACCUGGUACCUCACAAUCUCAAUCCGACGCCAAUACUGUUGUUUCGGACUUAUCCAAAGCCGUUUUUGAACACCUUAAUAAAUGGCUGACAAGAUGUUCAAAUGAAAAUUUGAUUUGGGAAACGCAGAAUCGGAGUAAAAGGCCACAAAGACCAACUAGUGAUCAUACUUAUUCGAGUGUAUCUGGCGAAGGCAGUGGCAAUUCUAACGCUCCUAUCAUGCAGCUAGCAAGACUUUAUCAAGUUAUCAACGGCAUAUCUAAAAGUAUCUCAAAUUCUCUACGACUGGCAAAUGUUUCUAUCUCGCCAAGUGAAAAUAACAUUAGUAAUACAACGAUUGACACAGCUGUUCCUAGUACUUCUACUGCCAGUCAGGCUGAACCUAGCAACACAACGACUACUAAUACUCGUGACGUAAAUACGCCAAGUUCGUCAUCACAAGUAGAUAGCUCGGCUUCUAGCAAUAUGUCUGAAUCGCCAACAAAUGUCACCAAUACCCAAGAAAGACACUCCAGGCGUUACGGACGGAGAACGUAUCUGCGGCGAUCACGGUUACUUCAAAUGGGUCCAAGAAUUAACAGAAAACGCUUAGUUCGCAUGCAAAAUGCUAACAAUUUGUGUCGCAUGUACGAGGCUGUCUCUGCCGCAUACAUGGCCGUAAUGCGACGUAAUCGUGCCCGUAAUGCAGCCAGAGCAGCUACGGCAGCUACGACAGCUACGACAGCUACGACAGCUAUGACAGCUACGACAGCUACGACAGCUACGAUAGCUACGGCAGCUACGACAGCGACGAUAGCUACGACAGCUACGACAGCUACGACAGCUACGACAGCUACGACAGCUACGACAGCUACGACAGCUACAACAGCGACGAUAGCUACGACUGCUAUGAUAGCUACGACUGCUAUGAUAGCUACGACAGCUACGACAACUACGACAGCUACGACAGCGAUGAUAGCUACGACUGCUAUGAUAGCUACGACAGCUACAAUAGCUACGAUAGCUACAACAGCUACAGCAGUUACAACUAAUACAAGUAUUAGCACGAGCACCACAACCGCGAACGCAAAUACAAAUAGGGUUACUAGUACGAGUACUACUACUUCCGGCGCUAUUAAUAAUAAUACUAGUGCCAGCUCAAGUGCUUAUUCGAGUACAAAUACCAGUACUAACACUACCACCACCCCCACCACCACCAGUAGUAGUAACACCACUUCUAACACGAAUAUAAAUCAAAAUCCUCCUGCUGUAGAGCCAGUCCAAUAUAUGAUCGACAGGUUACAAGCUUUAAUUGAUCAACAAACAAUGCUCACGCGAAACAAUGAAAGCAACACCAGUAACAACGAUGCCAAUUCAAACACAACAGCAGAUUCAAAUAACGAUACGCAGUAUGAAAAUCAUGAAAUAAUUGAAAAUAUUCGAGAAGUUAUGUGCCUCCAGGCUAGACAAGUGUUAAGUUUGAUGGUCAUAAGUUUAACACGUCUUUUUGAAAACAACAACUAUAAAAAUGUACGUCAACAUCAAAUGAUGAAGAUGUAUUUGUUACCUCGUCUUGGGCUUAGACUAACGGAUCUAUUGCUCGAAAGACUAGCGUCAACAUUACGUGAACUUGAGCAAAAUUAUAAUGAUUACGAUUCAACUUUGUCGUCUACAAGAUCAUCAACUAACAAUGAACGCCAAUCUGUGAGUACCAAUACAACUAGUGAAGCUCAAACUGCAACUGCUAGUACAUUAUCUAGUACCGGUGGAACGGAAUGUUCCUCCUCCACCAGCACUAGCGUUACUAAUAAUUCAGAACCAUCAACUUCUAGCGGUGUCACGGCAAAUAGCAGCGAUAGCAAUCAUAAAAGGACUUUAGUACGUCUGGCUAAGUUUUUCGGUAUUGAUGAUGCAACAGCGAGCACAUCGUCAUCUCAAAGGGCACCAAAGCCAUCCACAAGUCGUGAACCUGAGACCAUCAAUGCAACGCCGUCUACAAGUAAUGAGGCUGACAACAAUGAUAACUCACUAACGAAUGAUUCUCGCAAUGAAAUAGCACUUUCUGCUGAAAUUCAGAGUAUCAUCGAAAGGAUUAAAAUUAACAGCACGAGUGCGAGUGAUGCUACUCAACGUUAUCAGACUCAAAGUGGCGCAAAUACUAGAUUUGACAAUGAUAGCGACGAUCGUGAAGAUGAGGAUGAUACAUCUGGAACAAGAGAUCGUUCUAACAGCGAUAACCGUGAUGAUAAUCGCGAAUCUUCUCGGAAUUGGCCUGAAAGUUCUUCGAGGCACCCUCAACGUCGAAUCGACGGUCUCUCGAUACUGCGGCGUUAUGCUUUGAUGCGCCGUCGUCUACUCUAUCUUGAACCGUUUAACGUUUCUCACCCUGCGCGCGAUCGUAGCAAUUCAAACGCAUCUAUGACACCGCGUGAACACCUUAAUAUUCUAGAUUAUGGUCCUUACCGCAGUCGCAAUGAGCUAACAAGGACAGAAGGAAACAAUACAUCCACCUCGUCAGUUCCGCCUUCGUUCUUGAGACAACCUCUCAAUGUCCCAGUUAUAACGGUCAAUAACGUACCUAUGAUUGAUAUUAAUCCACUUACGGUACGAAGAAGGCGACUGAGACAAAGACACUUGCCGGAACUCUUAUACGGUAAUGGACCGAGAUUUGAUAGGUUUAAUGCUGCUAGAAAUAAUACAUCUGGAGGAUCUGGUGCUAAUCAAGACAACGAAGGUGGAGUGGAAUAUCCACCGCAACCACCGUCGUUUUUGAACAGCUUCAGAAAUCAGACUCCUUGGAGGCUCUUUUUGUCUCGAGGACCAUUUAGCGCCGGCGAAGGUUCAAGUGGUGGUCAAGAUCCAGAGAAUGAUAGCGACGACGUAGAAAUUAGAGAUCACCAUAUAAACAUGGCUUUUAUUGGUUUAGAAAUUCAAAGUUACCGCAUCCAAGCUUGGGAUUUUUCCAAUAUUCCUGAUAUACAAGACUCCAAAAAGAAUGUGAUUGUUGGCGAAUGUAGAAUACACAAUGAUGCAAAUAUUGACAUUUCAUCUGAUUCAACAGCAUUAGUAACAGUGCUGCCAUCAAAUCGUUCAAAUUUAACAACUAUAGGUGUAUAUAGUUUAGACUGGGAAACAUUAGGUGAAAAAAUGUAUUCAACAGAAACGGAUCACACAGUCAUUUCGGUAUCUAUGUCACCGACCAAACAUCAUCUUCUCGUUGGAUUGGGUUCUCGUCGUAUUCAUGUACCUUCUCGUCAAAUGCCAAUGGCUCUCAUUUAUAAACUGGUGGAUCCCGAAGACAAACCAAUUAACGAUUUACCCGACGCUGGUGGAUUAUAUCGAUCAGUAGUAAGCCGACAUGACCCCAAUUAUCUGAUCUUCCUCAAUCAUUACCUAAAUGAUAUACGACAAAGAAUCACAACAAACAACGAACAGCAGAGUGGAAAUCAGGCACAAAAUUUGAAUAAUCAAGACUGGCGGAAUCAAAAUAAUAGCGGAUUUUCAAGAAAUUCUGAUGCAAGCGAUGCCAAACAGAACAGAAAGAAAAUGAUACUUUUAAGGACAAUGUUCCAAAGUCGUGAUACUCCGAGUUAUGUCAGUUUGAAUUGUAUUAGAUGGACACCGCAUCCUGGUCAAGGUAUGGUUUACGCAACCAACACUGGCUUGUUGAAUAUAUUAUAUUGAAGAUAUUAAGUUGAAUAUAUCUAUUCUUCUUCGGGCGCUACUUACCUUACUAAGUAAAUUUUUGACAACAGAUAAACAAAAUAGCCCGAUGGUUAUUAAGAAAAAUGAAAUGUUCUUUAAAUUUCUAAUUUUAUUUAGAAUAAAUGAACAUUCGUGGCUAAUCUGCCAAAAUUUUUUAAAUGACAUAGUUACUAAAUACGAGUGUAAAAAUCAAAGUAACAAUCUUAGAAGCCUUUAAUCUUCUGUAUACAAAAUAGGAUUUUGUUACCUUGCUCCAUUAAAAGUAAUCAGAGAAAACAUUCAUCUAAUUAUAGCGAGUAACGUUUAUGAACUUGAGUAUGGUAGGCAAAAAUAUAUAUUUCAGCGCGGAAUCAUCACAGAGAAAGUAAUGCGUUUUACUUUCUUUGAGGUAAAAGAUGUAGCAUAAGCAUUCGGUGUACGUGAAAUCAUGAUAUUUUAUCACUAUCAACCAGUCCCAUAUUUUUGAUUGCACUUAUUGCUGUGCAAAAUUAACACUAAACUUAAUGUUCACGACGGGACUGUGCCUUAACGAUUUUUUUCAUUUUCUUGUUUAUAUUCUUACUACUGUUAAAAUGCAUAACUUAAAUAUUAUUGUAAAGUGAAUGUAAAAAAAGGAAAUAGGCAAAUGAAAUCGUAUGUCACCUAAGGUUUUAUUAAAUGGUGCGCAUUUAAAAUUAGUAAAAGUGCGUAUUGUACUAGAUUUUAAGAUUUUGUAACUGUAUUAUUUAAGUCGUAUGUUACAAUUUUGCGCUACUUUUACGAUCAGACUGAAUUUAAAUUGCGAUCUGAGUAUUUUUCGAUUAUAUUGCAAUAUACUUUUGUGAUAGCAAUUAGAAGAGUAGAUCGUUGUAUGAUUUUGCAACACACGAUUAUUCCAAAGCUUCAUUUUUUAUUAUCUUCUACAUCGCUUUAAGUUAUGGUUUAUGAUUGCCUAUAAUCUUAUCAUUGUUUAUUUCGUGUGCCAUUUGACUGUAACAUCGUAUAACGUCAAUAACAUUUAAUAACGAUAUUUAAUUUACAAUCGUCUGCUUUAUCCUUAACAGUAAUUUGUAAAAUAGUACACAAUUAAAAAUGGAAUAUUUCAGAUAUUGCCAUUCCAUAUACUGUUCAAUAUAUUGCAUCAGAAACUAAAUUUACUAAAAUGUUACAUUUGUAAAUGAUUUUUUUCUGUAAAGCGGGAACGAUCAUGUGUGACGUACUAAUCAUAGUAAAUGCGUUGAUCUUUUUUCAAUUUGAACAUUCUUAGACUUUUUAAUGUAAAUAUAUGAUCAAGUUCCUAAUUCAUUCAUACUUUUCUUAUUGUUCGUCAAAAUUAUAAAAAAUACAAAAAUAAUCACAACGAUUCGCUAUUUCUAAUAGUAAGAACACUGACCGUUCCGUGACUGUGAGACCAAAUAAAUUUUUUGCUUUUUAUAUGAAUAUUUCAAAUGCCAAUAAAGUGGUACUAUAAACUCGA